UUUUUUUUUAAGUAAAAAAUUUUAAAUCGUAACAAUAUAAAAUUUCUAUUCCAUGGCAGCGAACACGGUAGUCUCAUCCAAACUUCAACAGUUUAUUAAUCACCCUGCGGGUCCAAAAACUGUUCAUUUUUGGGCACCGGUAAUGAAAUGGGGAUUAGUUAUCGCUGGUUUAAGUGAUCUCAAACGUCCCCCAGAAUCGUUAUCAGUAUCUCAAAAUGUUGCUCUUACAGCAACGGGGCUGAUCUGGUCACGAUAUUCCACACAAAUCAUCCCCGUAAAUUAUACUUUGCUGUCUGUGAAUUUGUUUGUGGCUGGAACUGGGUUAACUCAAAUGUACAGGAUAUGGAAUUAUCGUCGGUCAUUAAAAUCAUCACCCGUAGCUUCUAAUGAACCUGUAGUAACAAAUACGACUUCAACUUCUUCAUAAAUAAUAAUAUAAUUAUAGGUUAAGAAUAACAUAAUCA